GGUGGAAAUAACAGCACUGUUGGAGGAUAUUUGUAGCCGUGCACAGGGAGUAUAUUAGCAAUAUAAAAAACAAAUAGAAAAAUAGAUGUGUAACCUGUAACCAUAGAAGAUGUCGUUUUUGAAGUAUUUUUUUUAUUUUAAUUAAUUGUAGAAGCAUGUAUUUUUAGUGCAUAAUAAAAAAAGCGCAGCACGGCAAAGCAGUGCAAUGAAAAUAUAGAUAUAUAUGUAUUUUUUCACAUUGGGAAUGAAUCGUCUUUUUUAAGGCGUCGUGUGGUUUAGGUGACCCAGUCGUCUCUUCCUCCUCCUGCAGAAGAACCAGCAGAACCUCCUGCAGAAGCAGCAGAACCAGCGGAGCCGAGCACCAUAGAACCGCGCAGAGCUGUACGGCCUCCAGCAGCAGAGAGGGUAUUAUAGAGGACAGCGGUCAUGCAGAAGGCAGGGACGGCUCCGUCCUCACGGGGUCCCAGCGCUCCCGGAUCUCCAGCUACUUCUAUUGUGGCCAGGAUGGAUAAUCAGGUGAUUGGUUAUAAAGAUUUGGCAGCUAUUCCUAGAGAUAAAGCCAUUCUGGAGGUGGAGCGUCCUGACCUGAUGGUGUACGAACCUCACUUCAACAUCUCCGCUCUGGACCGAACCGGCCUUUCCCGCAGCAGAGAGAGGUCCAUGUCUCCUCACUCCAUCUCACCCCCUCCGUCCCCUGAGAUUUUUGCCUCCAGAGAGCAGAAGGUGUGGUCUGAACAGGGUUCACCCGGCGGAUCCACCAUGGGCUCUACAGUUCAGCUCCGCAAAAUCAGCGCCACCAAAGGACCCCUGCAGCACUUCCACAGGCCAGAUAAUGGAAGCAACAUCUACAACAAGCCUCCCAUCUAUAAGCACGCUCCCCAGGAGGCACCUGCACCAUCCCAUAAUAAACACAAAGAGGAGGUCAUCAUCAUAUCCUCCAAAUUCCCAGCUGCCCAACCCCCUGACCCCACCCAGCCAUCGAAGAUCGAGACCGAAUACUGGCCCUGCCCACCUUCUCUGGCUAGCGUGGAGAUUGAAUGGAGGAGGAAGGCGGAGGAGGAGGGCAGGGCUGUGGAGGAUGAUGAGUUUGAGGACCUGACUGAAGACGCCAAGAGACUGCAGGAACAGGAGCUAAAUAAGAUCCAGUCGAACUUGGGUAAACUGAUCCUAAAGGAGGAAAUAGAGAAAUCUGUUCACAUCCGGAGGAAAACUCGCUCCCUACCCGACAGGACACACAUGCACUUAGGUUCCAGUGGAGCAUCUAAAUCUGCCUCGUUACCUCCCUGCAGUCGCUCAGGACUCACCCGGCUGCAGUCAGCUGACUUCACCUCCACAGACGGCGACAAACCCAGAACAGGUACAGCCGACACAACAUACAGCAGAUCUGAUCAUUCUGCAGUUAUUUACAAUCUUAUACCUAUACCAGCUGGCCAUUUUAUCAGAAACACUUAUGAAGCUAUAACGUUUGGACACACCUCUUCCCAUUUAAUGUGAUUUCUCUCUGUUCAUGAUUUUUUUUACAUUGUAAAUUUAAUAAUGAAGUCUAUAUUAACGCUCUGCUGAUUAGAACCCUGACAACAGUCAACAGUCAGACGCUCAUUGCUAUCUUGGUAACAAAGGCACGCUACCUGUACACCCCCACUUAUUACAUACAUACACACAGCAGCAUAAACCCAACUUUUACAUCAACAAUAAACAGAAUAUUAAAUAAAAUAACAUUGCUUUUGCCGUAAAUGAGCUGCUGGAGCUCCUUCACAGUGUGAACGAGCAGCUCAGUUUUCUCUGUUGAGAAGCGUUGCACACAUCCAGGUAGCUGCACUGUUAAAAUAGCAAUCCACCAAAGUUAGAGCGCACCUGACUUUUGAAGGGAAUGAUCAGCAAGUGACACGCUGACCGUUUAAUUUUUUAAUUUUGCCCAAAACACACCCAUGAUUAAUUAGUAGAAUUAGUACGUCUUUUGCAUAUUUCUAGUUGCACAAGUUGCUCUUUUCCUGUCGUUACGAUAGCAAAGACACACAGACACACCCUAAAUCAGGCUGCAUGGUGCAUGGCACACAGCUCACCUAUAGAUCACUAAAAUAGGGCCCACAGAAUGAGAAGGUGCGUGCAAACUUUUGCUACUUUUUUGCUACUUUAAUUAAUGGAAUAGAUGAAAGUUUAAGAAUGUACUGUAUAUGGUGCCGUCAAAUAUAGUUUAUCCUAUUAUGAGGGCAUCUAUAGAGCAUUUUAUAAUGUUUUUACACCUGUAGGAGGACCAUAUUCAGCACUGCUUCCCACAUUAUCAUCUUCAAUUUCUAUAAGAAGACGUAUCCUAGAGGGCAUUUUAGGCCAUGGAGUCACUAG